CAAAGAGAUUAUAAAUAAUACGCUAUCACCUAUCUCUUGAUUCACUUAAAGUAAGAAACAAGAGCUUCAUAUCCAAUAUAAGCAAAAAUAUAUAUAUAUAAAUUAUACGCUUGUUUCUUUGAGUAGCCAAAAUUCACCAAAAACAAUAGUAUAAAACUUCAAACAAAUAUAUUGAGUCGGUUGUAAAAUAAGUUAUGGAUAAUAAUCUUUCACAAAAUGGAGACCAUAGUAAUGUUCACCAGUCUAAUUUGACUGAUAAUGAUUAUUCAAGAUCAUCAACGAAUGAUGUUAACCAAGCUGAGCAUCUUUUUUCGAAUUUUAAUUACAAUGAUGCUAAUACUCCUUACGGUUAUACCGACUUUCUCACGAUGAACGACAAUAUUCUUUCACCACCCGCAUAUACACCAAUCAUGUCUAGCAACUACGGUUCUAUUCCGGAUCCUAAUGAACAGCAAUAUAUUUCAACUUCGCAUUCUUACACUUCAACUACCUCACCGUAUGUACCAAAAUCCAAUGCAGCAUAUUCAAAAUAUUCCUACUCAAGUGACUCCACUUGACAUGAAUGUCAAUUUCUCUCAAACAAAUCGUUCUGAAAUCUUUAGAUUUGAUAUUCCCGGCUUUCAAAUUCAAGUUAUCGUUAUUCCUGUUUCUUCUCCAUCAACUAGCUUAAACAAUUCAGAUAUGUUGAAUCAGGGUCAAUAAAAUUAAAAAUUAUUCAUCCUGAUCGUUUAGAAUGUAGUAGCUUUUUUGAUACAUGACAUUUUUUAGGUUUACGCUUUUUAUUUUAUUAUUUUAUUAUCUGUUAUAUUUUAUUUACUUAUAAGUUAGUGGGUGG